CUCUCUGGAGUGAGGCGAGAGCUCCGCACCGAGCGAGGCAGACAGCGAGCGGAGCUUCGGGCGCCACCGCCGCCGCCGCCGCUGCCGCCGCCGCCGAGGUAGUGAGCGCGAGAGGGCAUCUGAGGGACCCGGCCACCGUGCGCUGGCCGCCGCCGAGACCUCUGCCCCAACCCGGGCCAGCGGGAGCUGCGGCCGCCCUCCUCUUCCCCCCCUUCACCUUCCCGGCCGGCAGCGGCGGCUGCACACGCCGGAGCCGGAGCCCGAGCCGGAGCCGGAGCCGGAGCCGGCGGCAGGGGGGCAGGGAGGCGGCUGCCGCGCUCGGCCGGGACUGGUAGCUACUUCGCGGUGAGAGGACGCUGAGGCGGGGCUGGAAUCGCUGCCUCGUCCCGGGGCUUGGGGCGAAGGACCCCCAAGGUGUCGGGAGGGGGGUCCCAGCCGCCGCGACACAUGCGGGAGCCGGGAGCGGGGGCGGCGCCGAGCGGAGCCGGCCGGGUCCCCAGCCUCGCCGCUACCUCAGCCACCCGCCCGGGGCCGUAGCAUCGCGCUCCGAAGUGUAUGAGUCGGAACCCCAAGCCGGGCAGCCACCCCCCGCCCUGGGGGGCGGGGACCCCGAUGUGAAGCGGCGGCGGGGAGAGCCGGACCGGCGCCGUCGUCCUUUCCCUACCUUCCCCUCCCCUCCACCCCCUCCGGGGGGGGUCUUCUCCCUCGGCCAGCCGCCGGCCCCCCGGCUCCUCGGCUGGACUCCGGGAGUUCUUAGAGCCCCCUCCCCCGCCCCAGCCCUCCGGGCGGCGGGGCCGGGGGGGAACCGGGGGGCCGGCUGCAGCCUCCGCCCAGAGGAAACUUUAUAAAAACAAAAUCCGGAGCUUUCCAAACGUGACUGUCCCGGGACAAGUGGCCCUGGACGGGCCGGAGCCCCAGCCUGAGACCCAGGAAGAGGAAAAGAGGAGGUGAGAGGGACCGCCGCCACCUCCGCUGGCCGCGCGGAAGAGACCGGGGUGGCCGGCCGACGGAGCCACGGCAGCACCGCUUCUUGCACAGUUCCGCGCCCAGCCUUCCCCAGCUGUCCCCGCGGUCCCAAGGAGGAAGGGAACUCCAGCUACUUUCUUGGCGCUGCGGCUCAUCCCCACAGCGGAGUCUGAAUCAUCAACAAGAUUUUUAAAAGGCUGUCUAAAUACUUGCCAUACAUCAGACCAGUUGCAGAGAUUAUCCAUCGAAUGUCCCAGGCAACCAAAGAUUAUUGACUCUGACAUCAAUUGACUGACUAUGCAUAAGAUACAUCUAGGAGUCUUGUUAAAACUGCAGGUGAUGACUGGGUAGAUCUGGAAUGGGACCUGAGAUUCUGCAUUUCUGACAAGUUCCCAGGAUUGCUUCCUUAGGAUAGAUUGCCAGAAGUGGAGUUACUGGGUCAGAGGAAUGUGAAAACCUUUGCAUCUUCUGAUAGUCUAGCCAAGGUCCAAGAAGUAGCAAGCUGGCUUUUGGAAAUGAAUCAAGAACUGCUCUCUGUGGGCAGCAAAAGACGACGAACUGGAGGCCCUCUGAGAGGUAACUCUUCCUCAAGCCAGGUGGAUGAGGAACAGAUGAAUCGUGUGGUAGAGGAGGAGCAGCAGCAGCAACUAAGACACCAAGAGGAGGAGGAGCACACUGCAAGGAAUGGUGACAUUGUCCGAGCAGAACCUAGACCUGGAGACCAAAAUGAUUCCCAGCAAGGACAAGUGGAAGAAAACAACAAUCGCUUUAUUUCAGUAGAAGAGGACUCCUUGGGAAACCAAGAAGAACAAGAGGAAGAUGAAGAACAUGGUGGUGAACAAGAUGAGGAAGAUGAAGAGGAGGAGGAAAUGGACCAGGAGAGUGAUGAUUUUGAUCAGUCUGAUGACAGUAGCAGAGAAGAUGAACAUACACAUAGUAACAGUGUCACAAACUCUAGUAGUAUGGUGGACCUGCCCAUUCACCAGCUCUCCUCCCCAUUCUAUACAAAGACAACAAAAAUGAAAAGAAAGUUGGACCAUGGUUCUGAGGUCCGCUCCUUUUCUUUGGGAAAGAAACCAUGCAAAGUCUCAGAAUAUACAAGUACCACUGGGCUUGUACCUUAUUCAGCAACACCAACAACAUUUGGGGACCUGAGAGCAGCCAACGGCCAAGGGCAACAACGACGCCGAAUUACAUCUGUCCAACCACCAACAGGCCUCCAGGAAUGGCUGAAGAUGUUUCAGAGCUGGAGCGGACCAGAGAAGUUGCUUGCUUUAGAUGAGCUUAUUGAUAGUUGUGAACCAACACAAGUGAAGCAUAUGAUGCAAGUGAUAGAACCUCAGUUUCAACGGGACUUCAUUUCCUUGCUCCCAAAAGAGUUGGCCCUUUAUGUGCUUUCAUUCCUGGAACCCAAAGACCUGCUGCAAGCGGCUCAGACGUGUCGCUACUGGAGAAUUUUGGCUGAAGACAACCUUCUCUGGAGAGAAAAAUGCAAAGAAGAGGGGAUUGAUGAACCAUUGCACAUCAAGAGAAGAAAAGUAAUAAAACCAGGUUUCAUACACAGUCCAUGGAAAAGUGCAUACAUCAGACAGCAUAGAAUUGAUACGAACUGGAGACGAGGAGAACUCAAAUCUCCUAAGGUGCUGAAAGGACAUGAUGAUCAUGUGAUCACAUGCUUACAGUUCUGUGGUAACCGAAUAGUUAGUGGUUCUGAUGACAACACUUUAAAAGUUUGGUCAGCAGUCACAGGCAAAUGUCUGAGAACAUUAGUGGGACAUACAGGUGGAGUGUGGUCAUCCCAGAUGAGAGACAAUAUCAUCAUUAGUGGAUCCACAGAUCGGACUCUCAAAGUGUGGAAUGCUGAGACCGGAGAAUGUAUACACACCUUGUAUGGGCAUACUUCCACUGUACGUUGUAUGCAUCUCCAUGAAAAAAGAGUUGUUAGUGGUUCUCGAGACGCCACCCUUAGGGUUUGGGAUAUCGAGACAGGCCAGUGUUUACAUGUCUUGAUGGGUCAUGUAGCAGCAGUCCGCUGUGUUCAGUAUGAUGGCAGGAGGGUUGUUAGUGGAGCGUAUGAUUUUAUGGUGAAGGUGUGGGAUCCAGAGACUGAGACCUGUCUACACACGUUGCAAGGGCAUACUAAUAGAGUCUAUUCAUUACAGUUUGAUGGCAUCCAUGUGGUGAGUGGAUCUCUUGAUACAUCAAUCCGAGUUUGGGAUGUGGAGACAGGAAAUUGCAUUCACACAUUAACAGGGCACCAGUCCUUAACAAGUGGAAUGGAACUCAAAGACAAUAUUCUUGUCUCUGGGAAUGCAGAUUCUACAGUUAAAAUCUGGGAUAUCAAAACAGGACAGUGUUUACAAACAUUGCAAGGUCCCAACAAGCAUCAGAGUGCUGUGACCUGUUUACAGUUCAACAAGAACUUUGUAAUUACCAGUUCAGAUGAUGGAACUGUAAAACUAUGGGACUUGAAAACGGGUGAAUUUAUUCGAAACCUAGUCACAUUGGAAAGUGGGGGCAGUGGGGGAGUUGUGUGGAGGAUCAGAGCCUCGAACACAAAGCUGGUGUGUGCAGUUGGGAGUCGGAAUGGGACUGAAGAAACCAAGCUGCUGGUGCUGGACUUUGAUGUGGACAUGAAGUAAAGAGCAGAAGAUGAAUUUUGUCCAAAUGUGUAGACGAUAUACUCCCUACCCUUCUCCCUGCGCAAAAAAAAAAAAAAAAAGAAAAGAAAAGAAAAAAAAACAGAAAAAAGAAUAAAAAGAAAAAAGAAAAGAAAAUGAAAAAAAAAUCCCUUGUACUCAGUGGUGCAGGAUGUUGGUUUGGGGCAACAGAUUGAAAAGACCUACAGUUCAAGAAGGAAGAGAGGAGCAGACAACAAAUGCAACUGACAGGAAAGGCGUCCGUCAGCUGACUCUUCAUUUGUGACUGAGGGCAGCUUUGCAAAUUGAGACUUUCUAAAUCAAACCAGGUGCAAUUAUUUCUUUAUUUUCUUCUCCAGUGGUUAUUGGGCAGUGUUAAUGCCGAAAUAUUGUUACUGUCACCUAGCAAAGAGCUGCAGUAAUAACAAAACAAGUACUGGUUGACUUUCUAACUAGAGAGCAUCUGCAACAAAAAGUCAUUUUUCUGAAGUGGAAAAGCUAAAAAAAAAAAUACUGUGAAUUGUUUUGUAUAGUUAUCAUGAAAAGCUUUUUCUUUUUCUUUUUUGCCAACUAUUGCCAAUGUCAAUCAAUCACAGUAUUAGCCUCUGUUAAUCUAUUUACUGUUGCUUCCAUUUACACUCUUCAAUGCAUAUGUUGCUCAAAGGUGGCAAGUUGUCCUGGGUUCUGUGAGUCCUGAGAUGGAUUUAAUCCUUGACGCUGGUGCUAGAAGUAGGUCUUCAAAUAUGGGAUUGUUGUCCCACCCCUGUACUGUACUCCCAGUGGCCAAACUUAUUUAUGCUGCUAAAUGAAAGAAAGAAAAAAAAAGGCAAAUUAUUUUUUUUUAUUUUUUUUCUGCUGUGACGUUUUAGUCCCAGACUGAAUUCCAAAUUUGCUCUAGUUUGGUUACAGAAAAAAGACUUUUUGCCACUGAAACUUGAACCAUCUGUGCCUCUAAGAGGCUGAGAGUGGAAGAGUUUCAGAUAAUAAAGAGUGAAGUUUGCCUGCAAGUAAAGAAUCGAGAGUGUGUGCAAAGCUUAUUUUCUUUUAUCUGGGCAAAAACAAAAAACAACAAAAAAACACAUUCCUUGGAACAGAGCUGUUACCGCCUGUUCUGCGGAGAGACUUUUCUUUUUUGAGGGCUGUGGUGAAUGGAUGAACAUACAAAAUAAAACUGACAGAUAUUUUAAAAAUACAUAAAACACAAAGUUAAAAUAAAGUUGCUGGUCAGUCUUAGCGUUUUACAGUAUUUGGGAAAACAACUGUUACAGUUUCAUUGCUCUGAGUAACUGACAAAAAAAGGAAUGAUUCAGUCUCUGUAGUGAACAUGUCACACGCAAACCAGCGCCACGAAUGAAAAGUCAGAUGGUUUGCCUCAUUCUCCAGGAGCCACAACUCAAGCUGAACUGUGAAAGUGGUUUAACACUGUAUCCUAGGCGGUCUUUUUUCCUCCUCCUGUUUAUUUUUUUUUGUUUGUUUUAUUUAUAGUCUGAUUUAAAACAGUCAGAUUCAAGUUGGUUAAUUUUAGUUACGUACCAACCUGACAUGAUGGAGGAAAACAACCUUUAAAGGGAUUGUGUCUAUGGUUUGACUCACUUAGAAAUUUUAUUUUCUUAUAACUUAAGUGCAAUAAAAUGUGUUUUUUCAUGUUA